AUGUUCGGACAAUUGAAUAAUCCCAAUAAAGGAAGGAGCCAUGGACAUGGAUUUAGGUCUAGUGCAGCGCGCAAUAAUGCUAUGGCGGAUUUCAGAUACCAGGAUAUGCGGGGCAGCUUCAUGGAUGGUUCGAAGAGUUCCAUGCGAAGUGUAAGUAACGUGUACGGCAACACUAGCACUAACCGGAUGCCUUCCGUGCGCAGCUUCUCUGGCUUCCAAGAUAUGAGCAACCAGGCAUCUUUUAUGUACGACAUGUCCUACAACAAUGGUUUUCCCACUGGUGCGGCCACAAAAGUGUUUUCCUCCCGUCAUGAUCAGAGCCUCGUGCAAUCGGCGGUUGACUUCCCCGUCCGCUUCAGCUCGUAUGGGAUGAACAGUUGGCUAGAUAUGUCUAGUUACAACUGUGGCGCAAUGUCCUACGUCGAGUAUAUGUUCGAUGGUCCCUCGGAGGACAUUUUCUAUGAGAACUUCAAAGAAGCUGCCGCUUCAAGUGAAGUUAAUAUUUUGAACAAGGACCCUCAGAAAGAAUCCCUGACAUCCAAUGCCUCCAUUUUUGUCGAAGAUAACACCGAUGCAAACAAGGGGGAACCUUCUACCGAAGAGGAGCCUAUUCCACCAUGUAUAAUAACCCCUCCAGAGGAGGAUCCGCCUGCAGAGGAAAGCGUUCCUGCACAGGCGGUGGUUUGUGUAAAGCAGAGCCGUUCUUCCUGUCGCCGUAGUGCCCGCCCUUAUAGUCGCGCUCAAACGAUCGACUGCGUCGAGUUCCCCAAAGGUGAGGAGAUGACAGACGAGUUAACCGUCGGCGACCUCGGUGAUCAGGCAAAGCAGGCAUUUGAGAUGGUCCGUCAGGAGCGCGCCCGGGAGCGGGGGUCUCGGCAGUUGGAUCGGCAAAAGGACCCUUCCGCGCAGGGGGGGGUGGCUAACAAGAAGGAUCCACAGGCUAAGGUUAACCCCGGGGUCCCUCAGAAUCAAACCAGCCUCCCUGCAAACGGCGAAAAGUCCAACGGGGAGGGAGUCGGGCUUGACAAGUCCAAGCGAGGGAAGGGGCUGCGGGAGGGCAGCCCGACGCGGAGGUCGCGCACACAAGGGGGGGAAACGGGCGCCGAUAAAGUUCCUGCCGGGGCCGCGACGGGCCUCCCUUCGCAGUCGAGGCCGCCCAACGAAGGUAGGCUCGAGGAGGUCACGAACCAUGUGCGCACGCUGGUCAUGGUAGAGUCGAUUACGAAAGGCAACCAGGCGAUCACCUGCAAGGAUAACCAAAUCACGUACCACGGCCAGGUGAUCAAUGCCACCGAGGUGAAGAAGCGUAAGGAGGGCAGCUUUGAGAGCAACUCCCAGGCGCUGCAGCAGCUCUGCAAGAUUGCGUCCAAGGGCUUCAACGUUGCCCUUCUCUCGUCGGAGGCGCCAAACACGUCCUCUCGCUUCAUGUCCCCUGUGUGGCAGGCGCUUACCCAAAUCGUCCGCAAAGUGCUUACUGACCACACAAAUGAGAAGGGUUGUAUCGAGCCAGACUUCGAGCUCAGCUGUGCGCUGGGAUACAUCUUGAACGAUAAGUGCAAGGACAUCUUCACUGAGGGCAGCGCGGCGUUUGAGAAGAUCACCAUCAAAACCUCGCCCAUUUAUGGCGCCAAUUUGCAGGAACUGCAGUAUUACCGAAUCACAGACGCGGCGACAUUCGAGGAGCACCUCUCCGCAUGCUUGGCCCGUGCCAACACUGAUUCCAUCUUGUCUAGCUUCAUGGAAGGCUUUGUUGGUGCCUUUUUAAAUAUGCGACAGGGCCUUAAGACGGAGAGCGGAGAGAGGGACAUCUGCUUAUCCUCUAUCAUUGUCACGUCGGCUGGUAGCGAUGUGAAGCCGUACACGGAUUCCCUAAAUCGGGACCACAACAUCUACGGCUCAAUUUUCCACCUUGCGGUGUUCGGCCCGUGUUUCAUGUGCUAUAUGCUUAACAUCGCAGAUGACGAUACUAUGAAGCAGUCGACAGUUCCGCCCGGCUCAAACAUAUCCGCUGAGCUCGAAAAGCUUUUUUCCCUUCUCAAACAGAUGUCCGGAGCUGAGAACUUGCCGCUACGAAGUGGUUCUGUGCGCCGCUUUUUGACGUAUGUCAGACAAAAUUAUGAAAAGACCAAGGAGCGCCUGAACACGGAGGACUUGAAGGAAGACAAGCGUCACCGACUCGAGAAAUUUCUUGUUGAGACCAAUACACUGAUGGAGGUGUAUUCAAAAAUUUUAACCAAUCCUGGGGAAAAGUUGAAUUAA